CGGUGCCCAACGCCACGUCUCCCUUCUCUGUCCCCUCGCCUGCCCAAUUCCGGAAUUCCCCAUUCCUCUCGCCUCCUCCUCCCCCUGCAACUCCAAGCAACGGCGGCGCGAGCCCUCGAAACCCAGAAGCGCCAAGGCAAACGGAACGCCCAAUUCAAUUCCCCGGAGCACUGAACCUCCACCCACCCGCUCGCUCGAAUCGCGCGCGAUCCCCCUACUAACCCUAGCCGCCACCUCAUCAUGGUAGCGCCGCGGGUGUGAGGGGCCGUAGAUCGCGCGGGAGAUGGAGGGCGGUAUCGCAGCGGCUGCUGCCGCUGCUGCGGCGGCGGCAGCGGUGACCACGGCGGUUGCCCCGCCUGUGGCUCCGGCUCCGGCUGCGGCGGCGCACGCGGCGGUGGGAAACGGCGGGGCGGCAGCCGCUCCGCCGCCGCCGUUCCUGAUGAAAACUUACGAGAUGGUGGACGACCCGGCCACGGACGAUGUCGUGUCCUGGGGGGCCGGGAACAACAGCUUCGUCGUCUGGAACACGCCCGAGUUCGCAAGGGACCUCCUCCCCAAGUACUUCAAGCACAGCAACUUCUCCUCCUUCGUCAGGCAGCUCAACACCUACGGCUUUAGAAAGGUUGAUCCAGAUAGAUGGGAAUUUGCAAAUGAGGGUUUUUUGAGAGGACAAAAACAUCUGCUGAAGACCAUCAACAGAAGGAAACCAUCGUUGCAGGGGAACAACCAACCGCAGCAGCCCCAAUUGCAGAACACUCCUUUGCCUGCUUGUGUGGAGGUGGGUAAGUUUGGGUUGGAGGAGGAGAUUGAACGGCUCAAAAGGGACAAGAAUGUUCUAAUGCAAGAGCUUGUCAGGCUCAGACAGCAACAGCAGACAACUGACCAUCAGCUGCAGACUUUGGGCAAGCGUCUUCAAGGGAUGGAAUCACGGCAGCAACAAAUGAUGUCUUUCCUGGCUAAAGCCAUGCAAAGUCCUGGUUUCCUAGCACAGUUUGUCCAGCAAAACGAGAAUAGCAGAAGAAGAACAGUAGCCGUGAACAAAAAAAGGAGGCUACCUAAGCAAGAUGGUGGCCUAGACUCUGAAAGUGCUUCGUUGGAUGGUCAAAUUAUCAAAUAUCAGCCUAUGAUCAACGAAGCAGCCAAGGCAAUGCUAAGGAAGAUCCUAAAGCUAGAUGCUUCACAUAGAUUUGAAUCUGUGGGCAAUUCAGAUAAUUUUCUACUGGAAAAUUAUUUGCCAACUGCUCAAGGAUUUGACAGCUCUUCAUCGACGAGGAAUUCUGGGGUCACCCUUGCAGAGGUUCCAGCUAACCCAGGUUUGCCAUUUAUCGCUACGAGUUCUGGACUAUCAGCUAUUUGUUCACCUUCGACGACUCCCGAAAUCCAGGGCCCAGUUAUGUUGGACAACAACUCAUCAAGACAACUUCCCGACAUGAGUGCUGUGCCUCCUGUUCCAAAGCCUAUGACAGCAGGUCCAAGUGAUAUCACUAUUCCGGAAUUCCCAGAUCUGCAAGAUAUAGUAACUGAACACUCUGUUAACAUUCCUGGAGGGAGCUUUGGAAUGCCUUGUCCUGAGGGUGUAUUUCCCCUGCCUGAAGAGGGUGAUGACAGUGUCCCCAUCGAGACUGAUGAAAUUUUGUACAAUGAUGAGACUCAGAAACUUCCAGGCAUCAUUGAUUCCUUCUGGGAGCAGUUCCUGGUAGCUAGCCCAAUAUCUGUUGAUAACGAUGAAGUUGAUUCAGGUGUAAUGGAAACACCACAUGAGAAUGGAUGGAACAAAGUGGAGAACUUGGCAAAUCUUACGGAGCAAAUGGGCCUUCUGUCAUCUAAUCACAGGGUGUGAAAUGUAAUGGUGCACCUCCAUAGCUAUCCUAUGUUAAGAUGUUAAGCUAGCCUGGGAUUCUGGUAAUAAGCUCCCACAGCAUCGCCUACCCUUUAAUUUAUGAUAAGAUACCAACUUUGCCGGAAUCAUACUAAAAUGUGAACCUAUACAUGGGAGGAUUCAAUCUUCCACCUAUGCAUCCAUCUUGGUAUGCUCCGGCGCUUUACCUGCUUGUAUCUAGGUUUGGCAGGCUUAAGAACAGAACACGGUGGUAACUUGUCAAAUCUGUAUGAAUACUACUGUAGUAGUUGCUGAUA